GUAGCAAAUUCUCUCAUUUUUUGCUUAAACGAAACCGAAUACUGUACCUGUGCGAUCCUUAUUUUUCUUGUUAACUACACUGUAAAAUUCCGCUGUGAAAUACUUAUUUCUGAGCUACCCGUUGGACAGUUCAUUUAGUGGUUCGCGCACGAUCGUACAACAUGUUGAAAGCCGCUGCGUUGCUCGCUCCCAUCACUCUUGGGAUAAUUGUUUAUUUAAGUACAUCGAACAAUGAUCCCACUGUACCGAAUUUACCUGAUACGUAUUGGGGACCGUCGAAAGUUAAGAAAGAAUCCACCGAUAUACGACCUUUCACCAUAGACGUGCCGGCCUCUGUCAUCGAGGACUUGAAACACCGCCUCGCAACUAGAAGAUCGUACGUUCAACCGCUGGAAAACGUCGGAUGGACUUACGGUAUUUCAACCGAAUUCCUAAAUUCGGUGCUUGAUCAUUGGAAGGACAAGUACAACUGGACGGAGAGACAAGCAUUGCUCAAUAAAUAUCCGCAAUUCAAAACUGUCAUUCAAGGUUUGGAUAUACACUUCUAUCACGUCCGCCCUACUAAUCUACCAAAGAAUAGGAACUUGAAAGUUCUUCCUUUGCUGUUAUUGCACGGAUGGCCUGGAUCGAUCGUCGAAUUUCAGAAAAUAAUACCCAUAUUAACAACACCGUCGCCGGAUCGCGAUUUCGUAUUCGAGGUGAUCGCACCGUCACUGCCUGGAUAUGGAUUCUCUGAAGGAGCUGUUCGGCCAGGAAUGUCUACCGCUCAAAUGUCAGUUGUAUUUAAAAAUCUAAUGCAGAGACUCAAGUUUGAGAAGUUUUACGUUCAAGGAGGCGAUUGGGGAGCUCUUGUUGCCGCGAACAUGGGUGUUCUUUUCCCAGAAAAGGUCAUUGGAUUACAUAGCAACAUGUGUUCCGCGAUGGGACCGAAAGUUUUGUUUUGGUCGAUAGUGGGCACAUAUUUUCCGUCUUUGGUAGGAGUAGACAGUGAACAUUAUUCUAUGUAUUUCCCUGUGAGUGCACAUCUCUCGAAUCUGAUCGAAGAGAGCGGAUAUUUCCACAUACAAGCUACAAAACCAGACACAAUUGGAGCUGCUCUAGCAAGCGCUCCAGAUGGUUUGGCAGCGUACAUUUUGGAAAAAUUCAGCACAUGGACAAAUAAAGCUUACAGACAACGAGAUGAUGGUGGAAUAAAAGACAGAUUCAACAUCAAUGAAAUUUUAGAUAAUAUAAUGGUAUAUUGGGUUACGAAUAGUAUUACUACUAGCGCUCGUCUUUAUGCAGAGAAUUUUAGUGCUGCAUCCAGAGCCACAAAAAUUGACCAAUUACCGGUAAAGGUACCUACGGCCUGUGCUGCUUUCCCCAAUGAACUGCUUUUGACGGCUAAGAGUAUACUUUCAAGUAGAUAUCCUAAUAUUAUUCAAUACAAUCUCAUGGAACGCGGAGGACACUUUGCAGCUUUCGAAGAGCCGCAACUUUUGGCUAAUGACAUUUUCAGUUUUGUGGAGAAAACUGAAAAAAUUAGGGCACUACCUCAGAAAGAAUUGUAGUUAUUGAUUUCUUUUUUUUUUUUUUU